AUGUUAAAGUGGAUGAAAACGACGUUUUUGGUGUUGGCGAUCGCAUGUGCGAUCGGUCUACCUUCGACCACGGAUGGUGCUCGGAUUCUGGGCAUCUUUCCUACCUCUGCUCGUUCGCAUUACAUCGUUGGAUCGGCGCUGAUGAAGGAAUUGGCCCGACGUGGUCACCAGGUUACUGUUAUCAACCCGUUCCCGCAGAAGAAACCGCUGGAAAAUUACCGCGAUAUUGAUGUGUCCGUAGAAGAGGAUAUUAUAAAGGAAUUGAUACCCAACAUGUUCGACAUGGCCGACCAAAGCGUGUGGGAAGGCAUAACGAUGACGUACAAGUUCGGGCAUAUGAUAACAAAUUUCACGCUGCAGCAUCCGAACGUCAUCAAACUGAUCAACUCGAACGAACAGUUUGAUCUAGUAGUCCUGGAGAGUUUUCUGAACGAUGCACACUUAGGUUUUGUGCAUCGCUUCAAGGCGCCCUGUGUGGCCGUGUCGACCUUCGGUGCAUCCCGGUGGACAAACGAAAUGGUCGGUACGCCCUCGCCUACCUCCUACGUACCGCAUCCGUUCCUAAGCUUCACCGACCGGAUGUCGUUUGUCCAGCGUGUCGGUAACAUGUUGAUGACAAUACUUGACGCCGCUCUCGGGCAAAUCCUGGACUUCCCGGUACAGAGCGCGAUGUACGAGGCGGCGUUCCCCGGGCCGAAACCUCCACUGGAGCAUCUUCGGAAGCAUUCCGUGUCGCUGGUUCUGCUCAAUCAGCACCUCAGUCUCAGCUAUCCGCGCCCGUACGUGCCAAACAUGAUCGAGGUCGGUGGAAUGCACGUCAACCGCAAGCCAAAACCGCUACCCGAAGACAUCAAGUCGAUUCUGGACGGUUCGCCACAGGGUGUUAUCUACUUCUCGAUGGGCUCGAACAUCAAGAGCAGCCAGCUACCGGUGGAGAAACGGGAAGCAAUCCUGCGUGUGUUUGCCAAGCUGAAACAGACGGUCUUGUGGAAAUGGGAGGAUGAGACACUCCCUAAUCGACCGAAAAAUGUGAUCGUGAAGGCAUGGUGGCCGCAGGAUGACGUUCUGGCACACCCGAACGUACGGUUGUUUAUCACGCACGGCGGUCUGCUCAGCACAACUGAGGCGAUGUACCACGGCGUGCCGGUGAUCGGCAUUCCGGUAUUCGGUGAUCAAUAUCUAAACAUGGGUAAAGCGGAACGGACCGGCUACGGGAUACAAUUGCCGUAUCAAGAAAUCUCUGAGGAACGCCUAUCGAAAGCCAUCAACGAGAUUUUGAAUAAUGAAAAGUACAAAACCGUGGCCGGUACCAUUUCUGCGCGUUACCGUGAUCAGCCACAGAAUCCGUUGGAUUUGGCCGUCUUUUGGGUAGAGUACGUUAUUCGGCAUCGGGGUGCCGAACACCUGAAAUCGGCCGGCCAGGAGCUGGGCUUCCUGCAGUACCAUGGGAUCGAUGUACUGGCCACUAUCUUUGGUGGACCGCUAUUGUUCGCUUAUCUAUUGAUUAAACUGUUGUGUGGAGGGCGAUCGAAGAACGCAAAGGUGAAGACCUCUGCUGACUCCAAGAAGAAACGAAAUUAA